AUGCCAACCAGGAUGGCCUGUGGGAAUGCUGGGGUUGCUGAGGUCGUCUCAUGCCUUGCCGGAACGAAUAAUGGGCGUCGAAAGAAGCCCACGCAAGGAAGCUCGGCUUACGACGGACCAUCUUGGCUCUCGCAUGCGCUUCUUUCUCUCUUGGCAUGCAUAGUGGUGAGGCAAGAAAACUUCGGCAGCCGCGGCGGCACAACUCUCGCUGCGGGGUCAGUCGCCAAGUUUGGUGGCUGUUUCGUUGGCUUGAAGCUUGCUCAAAAGAAGGUGUCGCGAGAAGAGCUUCUCCAACCGCUUACGGUGCUUGGAUGGACACAAGCACAAACGGCUGUCGGUGCUACUUUGCUUGUCGGCCGAAUACGUUGA